AUGUUCGAGCUGGAGGAGCAGACUCAAACAGAGAUUUUGAGGAGUAAUCAGAGUAGUACGGUGCUGGAAUUGGCCAAAUUUAGUUGGAAUCAAGAACUAUUGAAUCUUCUCGCGGCUCUAGACGACGGCGGGAACCUCGCUACCAUAGGUGCUCGAUGGGUUCCCUCUAGACCCUCAGCUAUCAAGCUGCUGAUCGUUAGCCCAGAUUUCAAAUGCAAUAAUGAGAUAUUGGCGAUCACCGCGAAGAAGCCAGUGUGGCUCUGA